CCAAGGCAUCUUUCUGGAUUACCAUGACUACGGCAAACAGGUGUCUAUUAGUUGUUGCUGCUUACGUCAGUUUCAGAGCGUUUAACAAUAAGCUAGCUAGCUGCAUAGUUAGCUACUAAAGUUUAAACCUUUGCUGAUAUAGCAGGGCACGCACAUCGACUUAGUAUGAAGACAUGGCUCUAGUCUUGUCUCCUCCUCAGUCCUCUUCCCUAGAAAUUCUGUGAGAGUUGUGCUAUGUUCAGAAAAACUGUCUGGAAGAAUACCGUGAGUGAUGCCGUUAGCUGGCACCAGGACGAGGCCCUGAACACGACCAUGUUCAUCCUGAAAGAGUAUGGUCCGACCGGAUUCCUACUCAAAGAGGAGGGGGAACCCAAAAACUUCAAAGUGUUCUUGGGAGACCCUCAUACGUGUACCUGUUCAACAUUCCACAAAGAGAGAGACCUCUGCAAACACAUCUGCUGGGUUUUAUUGCGGAAAUUCCGACUGCCUAGAGAACAUGAAUAUUGCUUCCAGCAGGUCCUGGUUGAAAGGCAGAUCCUGGAGCUGCUACAGGGUUUACACAGGAGCAGAACCCCCCGGCCUGUACACCCACCCUGCUCUGAGGCUGACCCUAACCCCAGACCAGACCCAGCUGAGGGGGACGGGGGGGUCAGACAGAAGGAGAUCGAAGCCGAGGAUGUGUGUCCCAUCUGUCAAGAGGAGUUGCUGGGGAAACGUCUGCCUGUGUCUUACUGCAGGUUUGGCUGUGGCAACAACGUCCAUAUAUCCUGUAUGAAGGUGUGGGCAGAUCACCAGGCAUGUCCGGAGGGGGAGGGGGAAGCCAUGGUGAAGUGCCCGCUGUGCCGGGAGGACUUUGGGCCGGUCAAGCUGCUCCUGGAGCAGGUGAGGAAUGUGGCUAAGCUCCACACAGCUGCUGAGAGAGAGAGGCCCGACAGACACCUCGGGGUGCUCUGCAACAACUGCAGGGUUGGCAAGUGCUUCAAGUGCACAGUCUGCCGGUACUAUCACCUUUGCGAGGACUGUAUAAGAAGGUGCUGUCACCCUCAGCAUGCGUUUGCCAUACGUACGAAAAGGACUGCGAAGUGGCUGUCCUUGGGUCAGCGUGUGUUCAACACACUGGGUGAACCACGUGAGAUGACCACUCAGUCAGUGGGUGACAGCAUGAUUCCUGUUGAGAGUGACCCACUGCCAGAGCACCUGGUCAGGAGCCUCCUUUCGGUCAGGGUGAGGAGAGGCUGCCCCCUGCUGGACCCUGGGCAGCAGUGUAGGAUCUGCCUGAAGAGCUUCCAGCAAGGGCAGCAGGCCAGACACUUGCCCUGCCAUCACAGGUUCCACACAGACUGUGUCGACCCGUUGCUUCGGAGGUCCAACUCCUGCCCUCUGGACGGAUACGUCAUCUACAACCCCCUAACAUGGAGCAGCGGAGGGGGGAAGGGUACACCCAAGCUGGCCUCCUCCCUUGACCAUCCAAAGCUCUCAGAGCAGCACAGACUGGAGCUGUUUGUCCCAGGAGUAGCUCUGCUGGACAGAGCAGCCAGAGUGGUUCCCUCCCUGAGUAUGUUCAGCUCCGAGGGCUCAGCCGAUACCCUAGUACCUCUCCCUCAGGACACUAUGGUCGUCGGCUUACAAGGUCUAUGCAUCAUCAAUACAGUGAACAUUGAGAGCAUGGAGGGUGGAAAAAGCAGGACAGAGAAAGAUGGAAGUCCAGUCAAAUCAGUCAUUCUCAACAAGAGCCUUUCCUCCCAGCAUCUAAGGACAGACGUGUCUAGAGUGAGGUUGGGACGCACCAACUCAAGCUCCUCGACCAAGAGUUUGGCCCAAAACAAUGCUACCUCAACUAACAGGCUGGGUGGGGUCUCUGGAGGGACGGGAAGGGCCCAGCCGAGUCUGUUUGUGGGUGUAAACAGGUCAGACAUGACUGCUGCUGCUGCUCAGACUAGAGCUGUCAUCACCCUGUGGAGAGCCAGGCCCCAGUGGAAGAGGAGACCCAGGGUACCCAGACCCAGUACAGGAGACAGCCAGCAAGCCACAGGCCUGAGGAUGACAGGGGUACUGAUCAAUGCUCCUCACCAGGGAGAAAAGGAGUGA